GUACCAAAACAUACUCUUGAUCAGGUAAUGGAUGCUGAGAGCUCCGAUCUGCAAAAAGAGAUCAACCUCCCCGCACAUCCGCACGCGGGCCCUCUCACGCUGUUCUACGUCCAUGCAGGAGGUCCUGGGCUCGAACUUGGAGAUGGAAACUCAUGCUGCUCCAUCUGUGGAAAACGUACCGUGGAAAAGGACUUUAUCUACCGGUGCCCUGACCCUGACUGCGAUUUCAAGGUGGACAUUCCCUGCAGUUCUAUUGAAUCAAUAAUAGAAUUCGAUGGUCACCAUCAUCACCCGCUGUGCUUCGUGGAGAAAGCCGCUCCUGGAAUUGGCUGCCGCUCCUGCCACGUGGGACCAUCCGAUCUCGACCUGCCUAUGUUUCGGUGCGGAGAGUGUGGUUUCAGCCUGCAUCUCUUGUGCGGCCCGCUGCCACGGGUUGUCCAGUACAUGGGGUACGAAUUGACGCUGACUGACUCUCUUCUAAGUGGAGUCGACGCGGACGACUGCUGGUGCGAUAUAUGUGAGGAGCAGCGUGAUCCAGCCCAGUGUGUUUAUCAUUCCCCCGAUAUUUUAUUCACUGCCUCAAUUGAUUGUCUCUUGCCCCAGAUUAUACUUGCGCUUAAAGGGGACCUUGGAGGGGUGGAGUUGAGGACCGUCGGAGGGUGUAUCACUGGUAGAGUGAUUGUGAAAGAUCCAGCAGAAGAAGCUGCGCGGCUCAUGAAAGCCAAAAGCAAAAUACAUGGGGGUGGAGCAGUAGAGGAAGCAGCAACCUCAGGAAAGGCAGAAGAAGCUCCCGAACCCGAAAACUCUGUUUUGGGACUUAUUGACAUGACGACUUAUCAUGCACUUGCUUCCAUAUUAACAAAGGUCUCUGAACAGUUCAAGGAAGAAGAUGAACAUUAUGACAGUGCGACGGGCAAUAUGUACGUGGAUUUACUGGCAUCCAUAUUGACAACGCUAUCUGGACAGUUUACUGAACUUCUUCACCUUGACGACUCAAAGGAAGUUCUUCCCGACAGAGCUGACAACGAAGUAUAUGAAGGUGGAGCUGUGGACAAAGCAGUUUUUCCAUUGCUCUCUCAACAAGUGCUCUGCUCUCUAACAGAUGAGCAAGCUCUGGAAUUUGACGAUGCUUUUGACAAACUUGCUAGACGUAUAAGCAAGGCAAAAGUCGAUGCAGAUUUCCCGUACUUUGAUCUCAUUCAGUGGUACAAAGAAAAGGCUGAUAUUUCUCAUUUGGAGGGAGAUGGGUGGCCCAUGAAGCCCGAACCCAAGAAUGGGACUGUCGAAGUUGCUGAAGAACGUGUUUUUACAUUUAUACAGAUGAUGCGUAGUCUAACUUCCGAAGACAUCAAUCGUAUAGAAGAUGCAUUCAGAAAAUGCACCAAACAUGGAGAAGACAGUGAAGCUCCUUUAGAUUUCCUUCGAUCUCUUUUUCCUCUACCAGUGAAGAGAUGGGAUUUCCACUACUCGGAUGAAUCCUUCAAACAGUUCAAGGAGCAGCUCGACCUGACCGACUCAGUCAAUGACUCAUAUAUAAUGGCCUGGAAGAGAUACGCUUUUAAGACUGUAAAAGUCGGGGAAACCAUGAUUCCAUCCCACUUUGCUCCUAUCUACCAAGAAUUGGCCGAAAAGUACGGAGAUUUCAGCACAGAUAGCGAGCUCGGCCCUCUUGCCAAGGCCUUAAUUUUUCACCACUUCUUCGCAGUCGUGUACAGUAUGCGGGGAACUCAGGUUCUUGAAAUCACUGAUGAUCUUCUCUGCACGUGGCUGUUCUAUUUAAGAAUUGUGCAGAGCUUGGGUUUCAACAUCGAAUUUGUGGUGGAUAAUUUUGAGAAUCUUGUUCGAGCCCACUUCGGGCUCAAGGUUGUGAAGUUCAGAGAUGAGACCACAGAGAAUCUUGAAAAACAGAUUGAAGAGCUCUCAAGACAGGUGCAUGAGAAAGAGCGCAAAUUAGGGGAGCUGAAGGCAAUUCGGGAAAGAUAUAAGAAGCCUAAGGAUGCUGAAGAGUCACUGGUGAAAAAGUGUUUGCUCGAAGCUGCAAAGUGGAAGUGGAAGGAUGUAGGGGACCUCAUUCUGUGAUGUCAAGAAGUGUAACUCAUUCUGCAAUGUGCUUAAAACCGAAUCUCGGAUAUGUAGAUCUUUUGAUGUAUUUGAAUAUAAUUUGAUAUUUCCUGUGUUUCCGAUUUGCCCAUGGAACUCCCUUACGAUCCUGCAGCUUGUAUCUGGAUUUAAAUUUUUAUGCCUACUGGUGCUUCAAGCUUGAAGUGGACAAGGAUUAAGCAUGUAUGGAGAGGAAUGCUGUACUUCGCUUCU